GGAGACAAGUUAGGAGGCCAUUGCCAUGAUCCAGUUGAGAAACUGAGGUGGAGGGUGGUGGCCUUGGAGGUUGGGAGGCAGAGUGAGAUGCCGGGUGUAGCCCGAAGGUCCAUCCUCUAGGAUUUGUUGAUGGAUCAGAUGUAGGGUGUGAACAAACGAGGAAUCUGGGUUCUUCCAAGGUUUCUCACCUGAACAAAGGUGAUAAGAGAGUUCUCAUUUAUUAAGAUGGAAAAAAAACUAUAGAAGGAGCUGAUUUAAGGAAGAAACUCAAAAGUUCAAUUUGGGAUUAAGUUUGAAAAAACUUAAUGUAAAUGUAAAAUAAGUGCCUUAUAAUGCAGAAUAUAGGGGACCUAGAGAUAGACAGAAGCUAGUGAAGGGGGAAUGAUAACCCAGUAUGUCCAGAUAUGGUAAUGAGGGUGAUCUUAAAAGGGAUGGGGGUGCUCAGGUGUGACUAUGGUUUGUUAAUGGGAUUAUAAUUAUUAGUGACACACUGAAGACGAACAUGUUCGCAAGUGGUUGUUGAAAGGCAUGUGACCCACAGAGCAGCACCACAAACCUAAAUAAGUGUUAGCUGAUAUACUUAUAAGGUGCAGAGGCUUAACAACAGAGUGGUAUAUGGGAAAACUACCCGUUACAUAUUAAAGACUACAUUUAAUUGAAAUAUCUCACUAACAGUGCACUAAUACUAGGGAUGAAUGGUUAGCAGCUGAUAAGAACUCUGGGAUGUAUUAUGUUAUGAUAAUUGUUUAAAGUUGAGAGUGAUGAGGAUUGUACAACUAGGUGAAGAUGAUAUAAGAAACUGACCAUUUAGUCUGGGAUAGAAUAUAUUUAAGUGAAAUUAGGAACCCAGUACAAAAAACAAAACAACAAAAACAAAAACUUAUGUGAGCACCCAAGUGAAGAUACCAGGUGAACAGCUGGCCAGGUGAGGACUCGGGACAGAGGACCGGCUGAAGGUAGAAGUGUGUGAGCUGUCAGCAAGCGAUGGCGUUUGUAUCCGAAAACGGGUGCGCUUGCCCAGGGAAGGAGUGGAAAUGGAGAAGAGUCCUGGGGGCUAAGACCUAGCGCCCGCCAGUUAGAGGCCGGGGAAGUGAGAGAGAUCACAAAGGAGGCCGAGGAGGAACCGUUGGUGAGGAAGGAAGAGACCUGUGAGCAGCUGCCCGGAUCCAGAUUCCAAAAUAGGAACUGGCGACAAGGAGGAAAUUACAAAGCCUGAAUUUCUGAGAAUGCAAAUUUGCACAGGAUGAUGUCAGAAAAAACAGUGAUGGAACCCUCAGUCCCAGAGUCUGGAGAAGUCUAUGAACCCACGUUAGGGGGACUAUUGCAGAACCCAGAAGGACAGGGUCUGAAGCACUUGCCCUCUCAGGAGGGAGGUUUUAGGCAGGUGAGAGUUACUCAUUGGAAAAUCCAAACAGGAGAGCCAGCCCAGAUGUGUAAUAAAUCAGGAAGAAACCCAAUGCUGAACUCCAACCUCCUUAUACUUCAGAGAGAGUUUAUAGAAGGGGAAGCUCAUCAAUGUGAGACUUGUGGCAAAAGCUUCACAUUUAAUUCAGACCUAAUUAGACAUCAGAUCUCUCAUACUGGGGAGAAACCUUACAAAUGUGAUCAGUGUGGGAAAGGAUUUAGUCAGAGCUCUCACUUGACUGAGCAUCAGAGAAUUCACACUGGAGAAAGACUGUAUGUAUGCAAUGUGUGUGGGAAAGACUUCAUCCACUAUACAAACCUUGUUGACCAUCAGAGAGUACAUACAGGCGAAAAGCCCUUCAAAUGUGCUCAGUGUGGGAAAGCGUUCUGCCACAGCUCAGACCUCAUUCGACACCAGAGAGUUCAUACUAGAGAGAGACCCUACGAAUGCAAAGAAUGCGGAAAAGGCUUCAGUCAGAGUUCAUUACUUAUUCGACAUCAGAGAAUUCACACAGGAGAAAGACCCUAUGAAUGUAAUGAAUGUGGGAAAUCCUUCAUUCGGAGCUCAAGCCUUAUCCGACACUACCAGAUCCACACAGAAGUUAAACAGUAUGAAUGUAAAGAAUGUGGGAAAGCCUUCCGUCAUCGCUCGGACCUUAUUGAACAUCAGAGAAUUCACACUGGAGAGAGACCCUUUGAAUGUAACGAAUGUGGGAAAGCCUUUAUUCGGAGUUCAAAACUUAUUCAGCACCAGAGAAUUCAUACUGGAGAAAGACCUUAUGUAUGUAAUGAAUGUGGAAAACGCUUCAGCCAGACAUCAAACUUCACGCAGCACCAGAGAAUUCACACUGGAGAGAAACUCUAUGAGUGUAAUGAAUGUGGGAAAGCCUUCUUUCUGAGUUCAUACCUUAUUCGACACCAGAAAAUUCACACUGGAGAAAGAGUAUAUGAAUGUAAAGAAUGUGGGAAAGCCUUUCUCCAGAAAGCCCAUCUUACUGAACAUCAGAAAAUACAUACUGGGGAGAGACCCUUUGAAUGUAAAGACUGUGGGAAAGCUUUCAUUCAAAGCUCAAAGCUCCUUCUCCAUCAGAUUAUUCAUACUGGAGAAAAACCCUAUGUGUGUAGUCAUUGUGGAAAAGGCUUUAUUCAGAGGUCAAACUUCAUUCAACAUCAGAAAAUCCAUGCUGAAGAGAAACUCUAUGAAUGUAGUCAGUAUGGAAAAGGUUUAAAUUCAACCCCAAACUUUAAAAAUAAUCAAGGUGUUCACCAAGAGGGACUUGACUUGAAUAAGGCCCCCAGACUUUUGGGUGAAAAGUCUAUAGGUCAGGGGGAACAUUCAGAUAAUGUAUAAAAUAAUCUCCAACUCAGUGGGUGAUGUUUGGAAAUGAGUAUUAUGAGCCAUAACCAGAUGGCUUUUAAAAUGCAGACACUUCAGAAUUUUCCCAAGUCACAGAUGGGGCUGGUUUUGGAGUGGGCUACCAGCCCUACCAUUUGCCGUGGUAUGGGACUUGACUCCGCUUCCUCAGCUAUGAACAUUUGUCCUCAGGAGAGCUACGUGACUUUGCAACUGACUUGGAGCUGGGACAGUGGGUGUUGGGGAUGGGUCAAGAGAAGGUUUCUAUAUUUUAUUUCACAAUUGCAAUUCAUCCUUGAGUUAAAUUCCUUUUAGAGCAGAACUGUGUACCUGAUCUUAUUACUUAGAAGAGCUGCCUAGCAAAUGAUGGUCUAUCAUAGAGGCAAGAUGGAGAAGGACGCUUUCUUAUUUAUAAACAUGAAUUGGCUCCCUGGUGACCUUAGGCUGAAGCCCAGGCUACCUGGCCUGCAGCCUAAGGCCUUCUGCUUCCUUGAGCCUCAUCUGCCACCACUUAAUCCCCACAUAGUCAUUGCUCCGGCAACACCACUUAAUGUUUCCCCCAUAAACCGAGCUGGUUCCUACCUCCUUGCAUUUGUUCUUGUUUGAAAAGCCACCACCGCUUCUCAUCUGGUUAACUCCUAAUCAUUCGAAACUCAUCUCGAGCUCAUAUCAAGAAAAUUUCCUUCAGGCUUGGGUGGGUACCCCCCUUCUAUGCAUCCAUUCCUCAGUGCUCAUGUCUUACUGUAUCUAUUGUGAUAUAUCAAAAUUAUGCUUUUAUAUACUGUCUCUUGCAUUUUACUGUUAGUUUCUUGGGGACCAUGAUCAUGUCUGAUUCAUCUGUUGUCCCCAGUGCCUAGUGCAAGGCAAUUAAAAAAACACACCUCCAAAUCUAGAUAUAAUUGGCACCUCUCCUGCGUUGUCCUUUUUAUACUGCUAUUUUAAAAAUUUCUGGGUGUUUUUUAUUGUUGUUUUGUUUUGUAUCAGUACAAUCUACUCUUCUAUUGGAAGUGUCUUCUCUUUUAGCCCUGCCAAGGUCUUCUGCUCCUACUUAACUCACGAGCUGCAGGCAGUAGCCAGUAGGAGAUUCAUGUCCCUCAUGUCUGUCGCCUUUGGGCCACACCCAUAGCUGUUCGCUUUCUUUGGGGAACAUUCUCUUGACUUAGUUGUCUGUAUCUUGCUGAUUCACUCAAGGGGCACAUAAUCCCAAUGAACUACAUACAUGACUCUCUUCUGUCCUCACAUUUUCAUCAUUGAAUUCAACUUUUCCUGUCACUUUCUCUGCUCUCUUGCUCAUUUUGUCAUUUGCUUGAAAAUGUAUUGGGAUUUACAGGAUCCAGUGCUAGAUACUGGGAAAGCACAGAUAAGAAAGACACAGUCCAUCCUCAAGUCAUUAAAAGUCUAGCAGGGAUACAAAGGUCCCAGUACAAUGAAGUAAAUGUUGAAAUUAAGUUAUUUGUAAGUUGUGUAGGAGCACAGAUAAGGAAGUAACUAAUUUGGCACGGAGGAUCUGGGAAAGCUUCACAGAAGAGGUGACAUUUGAACCGAUCUGGGGAGAUGAGUAGAUUUUAUCAGUUAGAGAAGAAGAGUGUGCUGGUAGAGGAUACCCGUGUGCAGAGACAGGGAGAAGGAAUUCAUUCCUCUUUUAGUCUGGCUGCUCAGAAGCAGGCAGAUUUUGUUGCACAUUUGGUAACUUCCAGCAAAACUGUUGGUCUUUGCCUCUGAAUUUCUUUCCUCUGAACAUCAACCCAAACAACCAGUUUCAAAGUUACAUAAAACAAUUUUAUUUUGCCCAUUGAGUUCUCACCAAAUUCCAGCAACCCUAGAAGCUUUGGGGCAGAUGAUUUGAAAAGGACAUAUGGUACUCCAUCUUCUGGUAAACUCGCUAUUGCUAAAGCUUUCAAAUGAUAAAGAAGCAGAUAUUACCAGACCAUUUACAUCAACUUUAUUGAGAUCCAGUUUCCAUACAGUGAAUCACCCAUUUUAAGUGUACAAUUUGAGUUGUAAUAAAUGCCUACAUCUGUGUAACUCCCACCACAAUCAAGAAAACUAAUAUUUCCGUCACUCAAAAAAGUUCCCUUGUGCUUUCCCAGUCAAUCCCAUCCCAACUCUCAGUCCCAAGUAACCAUGGUUAUACUUUGUCACUGUAGAUUAGUUUUGCUUGUUCUAGCACUUCAUAUAAAUGGAAUCACGUAGUAUGUACUCCUUUAUGUCUGAUUUCUUUAACUUUGCAUGUUUUUGAGAUUCUCCAAGAUGUUACGUGUUUCAGUAGUUUCUUCUUUUUUUUUGCUGAGUAAUAUUCCAUUGUAUGGCUAAACCAUCAUUUCUUUAUUCAUUCACUUAUUGAUGGGCAUUUGGGCUUCCAGUUUGGGCUAUUAUGAAUAAAAUUGCUAUGGGCAUUUGUGUAAAAGUAUUUAUUUGGACAUACGUUUUAUUUCUCCAGGAAUUUAAUUGUUGGAUUAUAAGAUUGACGUAGUUUUUAACUUCAUUAGAAAUUGCGAAACAGUACUCCAUAGUGAUUGUCCCAUUUACACUCCUACCAGCAGUAUACAAUUUCCAGUUGCACCACAUUCUCGUCAACUCUUGGUAUUGUCAGUCUUUUAAAAUUUUAUUCAUUCUGAAAGGUAUAUAAUGAUCUCUCUUUAUACUUUUAAUUUAUAUUUCCCUGCUAAAUAAUGAUGUUGAACAUCUUCAUGUGCUUAUUGCCAUUUAUAUGUCAUCUUUUGUAAUGUGCCUGUUCACAUCUUUUGCCCAUUUUUAAUUGGGUUGUCAGCUUAUUGACUUGUAAAAGUCCUCUCUAUGUAUUCUAGAUGAAAGUCACUUUCCAGAUAUAUAUUUAUUAUGAGCAUAUUCUUUGUGUCUGUGGCUUGCCUUUUUAUUUUCUUAAUGGUGUUUUUGAUGACUGUAAGUUUUUUAUUUUGAUGAAGUCAAAUUUAUCAAAAACAUUUUAAUGCUUUUUGAGUUAUGUCUAUAAUAGUUGCCUACUCAAGGGUCAUGAAGAUUUUCUCUCUUUUUUUUGGAAGUUUUAUAGUUUUUGCUUUUAUGUUUAGAUUUAUGAUCCAUAUGGACUUCGCUUUUGUGUGUGGUGUGGGGUAAGGGUCAAGGCUCAUUUAGUAUACAUGUUUGGUGGUUUCAGUACCAGUUGUUAAAAGACUAUACUUUCCCCAUUGGAUAAACCACCAUACCUUUGUCAAAAAUUAAUUGGCCAUGUGUGGGUGGCCUAAUCUGGACUCUAUUCUGCUCCUGUCGUGGAUAUGUUGAUAGUCUCUCCUUACCCCAAUACGACACUGUCUUGAUUGCUGUAGCUUUGUAGUAAGUGUUGAAGCCAGGUAAUGUAAGUGCUUCAAUUUUGUUCUUUUCCAAAAUUCUUUUGGCUAUUCUUGGUCCUUCACAUUUUCAUAUAAAUUUGAGAAUCAGUUUGUCAAUUUUCACAGAAAGAAAGCCUUAGAAUGAAAUGGAGAAGAGUGACAUUUUAACAAUUCUAUGUCUUCCAAUUCUUGAAUAUGGUAUUCCUCUCCAUUUAUGUAGAUCUACUCUCAUUUCUCCCAGUAUGCAGGUCUUGCACAAGUUUUGUUAAAUUUAUGUAUUUCAUAAUUAUGAAUGCUAUUGCAAAUUUAAAAAAAACUUUUCCAGUAGUAUUGCUAGUGUAUAUAGAUACAUAUGACUUUUGUAUAUUGACCUUGUACCCUGCAACCUAGAAAACUUACUAGGUGUAGUAGCUUGUUUUGUAGAACUUCAAGCAUUUUCAAUGUAGACAAUCAUAUCACCUGUGAACAGGGAAUUUUACUUCUUUCUUUCCAAUCUAUGGAUUUGGUUCUCUUCUCUUCUUGCACUGACUAGGGCAUCUUGUACAAUUUUCAGAGGAAGUGGUGAGGGUAUGUCCGUGCCUUGUUCUGGAUCUUAGAGGGAUGCUGUUCUUUAGUCUGCCACCAUGAAGCUGGAUGUUAGUGCUACAUUUUUUGAAAACGCCUAUUACCGGGUUGAGGUAAUUUCCUUCUGUUACUAAUUUGUUGACAGUUUUAUCCUGAAUGGGUACUAAAUUUUGUCAGAUGCUUUUUUUCACAUUCAUGGAGCUGAUUAUAUGGGUUUUCCUUCUUGUAAAAACAUCUUGAAUGCUUUGAUUUUCAGAUGUUUAAAUCUGCAUAUCUGGAAGCAACUCCUCUUGGUCAUGAGGUAUUAUAUAUUGUUGAAUUCAAUUUGCUAAUAUUUUGGUAAGGCUUUUUACAUUUAUGUUUAUGAGGGAUAUUGGUCCCUCAUGAAUAUAGUUUUCUUGUAAAGUCUUUGUCUUUGUUUGAUAUCAGGGUAUUGUUGGCCUCAAAAAAAUAAAAAAAUAAAAGAGGAGUUGUGAAGUAUUCUGCCCGCAUCUAUUUUCUGAAGUUUUAUGUGUAACAAUUAUAUUAUUUCUUUCUUAAAUGUUUGAUAGAUUUCAUAGGUGAAACUUUGGGGAUUUUUUUGUGGAAAAUUUUUUAUUACAAAUUCAAUUUCUUUAACAGAUAGAGUGGUAUUUAGAUUUUUGUGCUGCUUCUUGUGCUAAUUUUGGUAAUUUGUAUCUUUCAGGAACCAAUCAUUUCAUCUAAGAUAUCAAGUUAUUGGCAUAAAGUUCAAAACAUUCCAUUAUUACAUUUAAUGCAUUCUAACUUACAUUUUAACUAAUUAUAUUUAAUUAUAUUUUAAAUGAUGUCUCCUCUUUUCUUCCUGUCACUGGUAAUUUGUGUUUUCCCUCUGUUUUGCAUUUCAUCUACUUACUUAAUUUCCCCUCAUUUUUCUAGCUUAUUAAAGUGGUCAUUACUUGAGACUUCCCUUUUUUGGUGUUAUAAGUAUUGAAAGUCAUAAAUUUCCCUCUAAACACUGCUUUCACUGCAGUCACUAAAUUUUGGUAAGUUGUGUUUUCAUUAUCAUUCAGUUAAGAAUAUUUUUUUAAAUUUCUCUUGUGAUGUCUUCUUUCACCUGUGUCUUAUUUAGAUGUCUGCUGUUUAAUUUCCAAACAUUUGGGGAUUUUUUUCAGGUAUAUUUUUGUUAUUUUUAAUUUAAUUUCAUCAUGGUCUAAGAACAUACUGCAUAAUAUGAAUUCUCUUAAAUUUGACACUAGUUUCGUGGCCCAGAGUGUGGUUUAUUUUGGUGAAUGUUCCAUGUGUGCUUGAAAAGUAUACGCAUUCUGCCGUUGUCUGGGUGUUAGGUUCUAUGGAUGUCAGCUAGGUCGAGUUGGUUGAUCGUGUUCAUGUUUUCUAUACCUUUACUGAUCUUCUUCCUACGUGUCUAUCAAUUACUGAUAGGAAUGUUGAAUUUGCCAGUUAUAAUUAUGGAUUUGUAUAUCCUUCAGUUUUGUCAGUCGUUGUUUCAUGUAUUUUAUAGCUCUGUUUUUAAGUGCAUAAAUAUUUAGCA